AUGGGCCGCGAUGCGAGCGAGUGGAGCGCCUUGCCGCUGGUCGGCGCUGCCCGUGCGGUGGGCUGGGCCUGGUGGAUGGGCCCGACCGACGGUCUGCGGCAAGGGUCCCUUCUACCUAGCCGUCUGCAGCCCAGCCCAGCAGCAUCCAUGACUCCUGCCGGUGCUGGGCUCUGUUCUGUCGGUCGACCCCAAGGCUCUGGGCAGGGGUGUCACGUGCCACACCGCCGCGUCCCACAGGGAUCGAGGGACGUGGGCCGGCUGUUUUCGCCCGAGCCUCGUACGAUGCAGAACAGCCUGUGAAACGUGCUGCAACAACCACAACCCGUGCUCAGCACCUGCAGCCCACCCCGCCCAAUCAGCGCCCGCCCCGACGGCCACACCUGCGGUGCCCAUCUGCCCACUUCC